UGGCGGCGACUACAGUGGCGGCGAUGGCGGCAGCGGCGGCGUCCGCGGUCGGUCCCGGGGCAGCCGCAGUGGCUCGCGUCUCUUGCGGGAGGGACCUCAGCUGCGUCCCGGAAGUGGCGGGCACCCUUGGGGCAGUCGCCAGGCAGGGGUUCGAUUUCCUCUGCAUGCCCAUUUUCCACCCCCGAUACAAGAGGGAAUUUUUCCAGGAGCCAGCUAAAAAACGACCGGGUCCCCACACCCGCUCUGACCUAUUGCUUUCAGGGAGAGAUUGGAACACACUGAUUGUGGGCAAACUGUCCCCAUGGAUCCGGGCUGAUUCCAACGUGGAGAAGGUGCGCAGGAAUUCCGAGGCGGCCAUGUUGGAGGAGCUGAAUUUUGGGGCGUACUUGGGGCUCCCAGCAUUCCUCAUACCCCUGACCCAGGCAGACAACCCCAACUUGGCACGUGUUCUGUGUAAUCACAUCAACACCGGGCAUCACACUUCCAUGUUCUGGAUGCGGGUCCCAUUGCUGGCUCCAGAAGACUUGCGGGACGAUGUGAUUGAAAAUGAGGCCGUGCAAGGGGUAGAAGAGGAGUGUUCUGGCGAGGAGAAGACCUGGCAGUGGUGGCACAACUUCCGGACAUUGUGUGACUACAACAAGCGUGUUGCCGUGGCCCUGGAGGUGGGCCCCGACCUGCCGUCCAAUCACGUCAUCGACCGCUGGCUGGGGGAACCAAUCAAAGCAGCCAUACUACCCACCAGCAUCUUCCUGACCAAUAAGAAAGGGUUCCCUGUUCUCUCCAAGAUGCACCAGCGCCUGGUCUUCCGCUUGUUGAAGCUUGAGGUACAGUUCAUCAUCACAGGCGCCCACCACCAUCCAGAGAAGGAGUUUUGCUCCUACCUGCAGUACCUGGAGUAUCUCAGCCAGAACCGCCCACCGCCUUCUGCCUACGAGCUCUUUGCAAAGGGCUACGAAGACUACCUCCAGUCCCCUUUGCAGCCCUUGAUGGACAACUUGGAAUCCCAAACCUAUGAAGUGUUUGAGAAGGACCCCAUCAAGUACUCCCAGUACCAACAGGCCAUAUACAAGUGCCUGCUAGACCGUGUGCCUGAUGAGGAGAAAGAAACAAACGUCCAGGUGGUGAUGGUGCUGGGGGCAGGGCGGGGCCCUCUCGUGAAUGCCUCACUGCGAGCUGCUCGCCAGGCCAACCGGAACGUCAAGAUUUACGCUGUGGAGAAAAACCCCAAUGCCGUAGUAACGCUGGAGAGCUGGCAGUACGAGGAGUGGGGUUGCCAGGUGUCGGUGGUCUCCUGUGACAUGCGGGAGUGGGAGGCUCCCGAGAAGGCCGACCUCAUGGUGUCUGAACUGCUGGGCUCCUUUGCCGACAACGAGCUGUCCCCAGAGUGCCUGGAUGGUGCAGAGCAUUGCCUCAAAGAAGGUGGGGUGAGCAUCCCCUGUGACUAUACCUCCUUCCUGGGCCCCAUCUCGUCCUCGAAGCUCUACAACGAAGUACGCGCCUGCCGCGAGAAAGAUCGUGACCCUGAGGCUCAGUUUGAAAUGCCCUACGUCGUUCGGCUUCAUAACUUCCACCAGCUAGCACCUCCGAAAGCCUGCUUCUCCUUUAAACACCCCAAUCCAGACUCUGUCAAGGACAACAACCGCUACCAGUCGCUAGAGUUCCCGGUAGAUGUGAACACAGUGCUUCACGGUUUUGCCGGCUACUUUGAGACCACGCUAUAUGGAGACAUCACUCUCAGUAUUCGGCCCGAGACUCACUCACCUGGCAUGUUUUCGUGGUUCCCUAUUUUCUUCCCCAUCAAGCAACCCAUAGGCGUACAGGCAGGGGACUGCAUCCGUGUAGCCUUCUGGCGUUGCAGCAACUCCAAGAAAGUGUGGUACGAGUGGGCUGUCGUUUCCCCGACGUGCUCCGUCAUCCACAACCCCACAGGACGUUCCUACACCAUUGGGCUGUGAGCAGGAGCCCCGUCCUUCCCCCUUAGCAGAGCGCCCCUUGUCUCCAACCAUUGAGACACGGGAGAGCCUCCACUCCAGAGAACGACGAGAGACUGGUUUUUCUGCACAGAGGCACAGGGUCUCCAACGUUUGUUGGAUGUAGGUCAAGAGAAGGUCAUUCGCUUGGAUUCCUUCUCCUGCGUUGAUCAUAUUCUUUCUGGUCUGUGGAAUUUCAAUAAAGUCGCUGAAAUGUG